GGGACGCUCCUGCGGGGGAGGAGUGACGCGCAGCUGACCUCUUCUUGCUGUCAACAGCGGGCCUGCUUCUAAGUCCAUAUCUGUUGUAGUGAUCGAGCUGUUAAGGGAACCUUUUAUUGGGUUUUAAGACGUGAAAACAAAAUGAACGUCACGCAGGCGGUGAAGCAGUACGUGUCGAAAAUGAUCGAAAGCAGCGGGCCGGGGAUGAAGGUCCUGGUGAUAGAUAAAGAGACGACCAGCAUAGUGAGCAUGGUGUACACGCAGUCCGAGAUUCUGCAGAAGGAGGUGUACCUCUUCGAGCGCAUUGACUCCCAGAGCAGAGAAAACAUGAAGCACCUCAAAGCGAUCUGCUUCCUACGACCGACCAAGGAUAAUGUUGAAUACUUGAUCCAGGAGCUCCGCAGACCGAAAUACAGCGUUUACUUCAUCUACUUCAGCAAUGUGAUCAGUAAGAGCGAGGUGAAGGCGCUGGCCGAGGCCGAUGAACAGGAGGUGGUGGCAGAGGUGCAGGAGUUCUAUGGAGACUUCAUUGCAGUGAACCCCCACCUCUUCUCGCUCAAUCUCGUCGGAUGUGCUCGGGGUCGAGCCUGGGACCCUGCUCUCCUCUCUCGCACCACCCACGGGCUGACCUCCGUGCUGCUGGCUCUCAAGAAGUGCCCAAUGAUCCGCUACCAGCACUCCUCUGACAUGGCCAAGAGACUGGCCGAGAGCGUCAAGCAAAUCAUCACCAAGGAGUACGAGCUCUUUGAUUUCCGCAAGACGGAGGUGCCUCCUCUGCUCCUGAUUGUGGACCGCAGUGAUGAUGCCGUCACCCCGUUAUUGAACCAGUGGACGUACCAGGCGAUGGUCCACGAGCUGCUGGGCCUGAACAACAACCGGAUCGACCUGUCCGGAGUCCCGGGGGUCAGCAAGGAGCUGCGCGAGGUGGUGCUGAGUGCAGAGAGUGACGACUUCUACGCCAAUAACUUGUACCUGAAUUUCGGGGAAAUCGGCACCAACAUUAAGAACCUGAUGGAGGACUUUCAGAAGAAGAAACCCAAAGGACAGCAGAAGCUGGAGUCCAUCGCAGACAUGAAGGCGUUUGUGGAUAACUACCCUCAGUUUAAGAAGAUGUCGGGGACGGUGUCCAAGCACGUGACGGUGGUGGGGGAGCUGUCCCGGCUGGUCAGCGAGCGCAGCCUGAUGGAGGUGUCUGAGCUGGAGCAGGAGCUGGCCUGCCAGAGUGACCACUCCAGUGCACAGCAGAACGUGCGCAGGCUGCUGCAGAACCCCAAGCUGAGCGAGCUGGACGCGGCCCGGCUGGUCAUGCUGUACGCAUUGCGCUACGAGAAGCACAGCAGCAACAACCUGCCCGCUCUCAUGGAGGAGCUGCACAGGAAGGGGGUCUCCGAGUCCUACAGGAGGAUGGUGCAGGCAGUGGUGGAGUACGGUGGGAAGAGAGUGAGAGGAACUGACCUCAUCAACCCGAACGACGCGGUGGCGAUCACCAAGCAAUUCUUCAAAGGGCUGAAGGGGGUGGAGAACGUGUACACACAGCACCAGCCUCUUCUACAGGAGACCUUGGACCAGCUGAUCAAAGGCAGACUCAAGGACAGCCAGUACCCCUACCUGGCACCCAGCACACUGCGAGACAGGCCGCAGGAUAUUGUUGUGUUUGUAAUCGGAGGCGCGACAUACGAAGAGGCGCAGAGCGUGUACAGCCUGAACCGCAGCACCCCCGGGGUCCGAAUCGUUCUGGGAGGAACCACCAUCCACAACACCAAGAGCUUCCUGGACGAGGUCAUGGCAGCCACGACCCCCGGCCGCGGAGCCGAGAGGUCACAGGGGUCAGGCAGGCCAGCGAGCAGGCGCUGAGGCAGGACCCGGGUCACUUCCUGUCAUUCUCUCUCAGCUUCCUGCUUCAGGAGGAAGGAAUCUUGGAGAUGGGGAGCAAAGGACAGGAAGAACUGCACCUGAAUGAAACCUCACUUGCAUCUGUUUUGUAACGCGAGUGCCCUCUUUAAACUGUCAUCUUUGAAUAUGCCUCUUGCAGUGCUAAACCUCACAGUGAAGACUGAAGCUGUAUGAGAUGCAAACAUGGAUGCAAAGUUAGGACCUGACACUGAGCAAAAGUACACUAGUGGACCUGCAGAAGAUCCAAUACACAUAUAUUCCCCCUCUGGUGGUUCCAUUAACAUUGAAACAGCUUCCACACUCAACACUUCAUCAUUGUAGUCAAAGUUCCCAUGUUAUAGAGCCCUGUCCUUUCCAGAGCAUUACAACCACUGUAGCAGCAUUGCGUCUCUCAACACUUCAACACUGCAGACCAGGGAGGAGGGUCACAGCCUCCCCAGAUCAGGGCACCCACCUGGAAACUGGAAAACACACCAUGUAAUAUCCACUGCCUUUCUUCAUGAAAAAAAAAUUACCAUUUAAAAUAAAAUCAAAAAAUGAAUUGCAUGCUUGCCAUAACGUGUGCGUCUUUCAGACAGGAAAAUGUGACAUCUAUUGGGUAAGAUUUACUGGAAUUACUGCCAGGUCAUACAUUCCUAUCUCUCUCUUUGUCUCUCUGUCUCUGUCUCUCUCUCUGUGUUCUGUGUCUCUCCUCUCUCCAGGUCUCUGGGUUUCACUUCAGGACUCGCUCCAAGUCACAUCCUCCCUGACCUUCCCAUCGUCUCAAACUUAAAUCUUCGCAGCCUCCUGAUUUAUUGAGGGGAGGCACAUUGUUGUCUUUAAUUAACUCCUAUUUUUUUUUUUAAAAGGAGAAAAAAAUAAUUUAAUGUUACAAAAUGAGAAACAGCCUCUGAGUCUGCUGAAGAGAACGUUGGUUGUGUCACUUUGUGGUUUGAUUCUGUUUUUGUAAAAUUAACAGGUGUUUUACCUCUUUUAAAAAAAUCAAUAACUAAAGACAGGAGUAAAGGCUUUGAAAACGUGUCCCAUAGGGUUCUGUUCAC